AUGUUGUUUGGGGUCUGGAAUUCAAAUUAAAAUACAAUAUUCUUAUCGCUGUGUUCAGACAACGGUAGACAAGUUACGACACGUUAUCGUUUGUAAACUUCCGUAAAUACACAGUAUCUCGUCGCCUGCGGUUCACAUUCCGGAAGUCCGUAAAGUCGUCAAAAGGUAUGUUUUACUUCGAAAGUACAGUCCGGAAGUUGCCUCCUCCCGUAUGACUGCCGGCUUGCUAGGAGGUAAUACCCGUCAGUUUUGUCUGUCUGGUCCAGCUUGUCAGCAACAGUGCAACCUGAGACGGGAUAGCCAACGGUAGGCUAACCGAGUGAACCAGCUAAGUUAGCCACUGUGUUUCGUUCCACUUUGACCACUUUUUAACGGACUUGUUAUCCCUCUGCCAACAUUUAAAGUUGUUUGUGGAAGAGGAGACGCCAAAUAGACCCGUCUGUUCGGCUCCUUGAUCUCCAUCCUUCACUGUGCGAUGACAUCACUGCCCGUUUCCUACAAAGGCCAAGGCUUAACGGCAGAGGCGUGACAUCCUGUCAGGUGUAUAAAUGUGCUUCUCUGUAAGGCACGCCCCAAGACAAAGUUCACAGUCAUGGCUAGAUAAAGUCCUGCUGGAGACAAUGGCCGCUCAGGUGGAGGUUCAGACGGGCGAGGUAGGGCGGCCUGGGGCAGGGGGGCGACACCACCUGAGUCCUCUGACUGACUCCAGCAACACCAACAUGAUGGAGAUUCCUUCCAUCAAUCAAUCUCACAUUAUCACCAGAGAACCCAAAAAACCGACGGUGGGACCCAAACCGCGACUCUCUCCCAAACCUUUCGCACUUGAAAGAAACUCCACCGUUCGACCCAUAGUCGCCCCGAAGCCCCAAACCAAGCCCCGGCCAGAAUCGACCCGCUUGGCUGGAUACAAACCAGAACUCGCGUGCAACCAGAAACCACAGCAACCAUCUGCUGUGGCGAAAUCCAGACCGACCAAUCCCAAUCGUCCUUCAUCUACCUCAUUUAAGACAACAAAUAAUUUAAGUUCGGGUCAAACAACCAAGCUGGUGGUCCAGCCAUUUAAACCAGCCCCUCCUUUUGAUCCCGGAGACCCCACUAAGCCCUCACGUCCUGUGGCAGCCCAUAGGAGGAAACAGGGAAUAUCAAACUUGGGCUAUUCCAAGAGCCUAAAGAAGCCCCCCUCUGCUGAGUGGUCUGGAACCACCAAGAAGGACAUUGAAAAGGACACAGUUGAAUCCAACAGGGUGGGACCCCCCAUUACCAGAGCUAAAUCGAUGGGUUUCCUAGACCAGGUUGGGCAGGAAGAGGAAGAACAUGAAAAAAACAAACCAGACGUGGCUGUGCCACUGAGACCCCAGCCUAGGAGAUCGAAGCCCAGACCGGUGUCGGCCAUCUUUCUAGAGAGUUCAACUAAGACAGAAGCUCCGACUCCCGCCCCCCGCUGGGCAGGGCGACGGCCUCUGUCGGCAGAUCUCACCUCCAAGUUUGAGUCCAUCGGACUGUCGUUGCACCGCAGCAGCGCUAACGCAAACACUAAAGAGAACUGUCCUGAGAAGACAUCACUGACACCACAGACCACAGAGCCGGAAAGUACCACACCACCUAGUACCGAUGCUGUGGAUGGGCCUCUCUCUGAUCAGAGCACCCAAAGGCAGGACGAAACGACCGUGAAGGAGACUGAUGAGCCCAGGCACAGAGCUAGCAUCAAGUCCAGAAUCAGUCUCCUUCUCGACUCACCCUCAGUUCCCGAAACUGGUUCCGCAAGCCAAGGAUCAGUUCCUGACAACGAACCACCGGUGGGGGUGAAGCAACUGAUCAAGCAGCUGACAGAGGAUUCUCCGAUGUCAUCGAGCCCCAACACGAAACCAGCAGUUAAGCCCCGCCCUCUGCCCCUGGACCUGACUAAAAGGUUUUCAUCGGAGAGGUCACCCGACCUUGGCAGCGCUCUGCCCUGGGAGACAACAGACCCUCAGCUGAUCAACAAGAAUCCUCAGAAUAAGAAUGAAGAGUUGACGCCAACACCCAGUGACCUCAGAACAGUCGUUGACAAAGACUCCCCACGACCGGCCUCCACCGCUGAGGAAACCCAGGCAGGACCGACCUUCGACGUGACCUCGGGCAGAGACGUGCAGACAGUGCGAGCUGCUUUGUUUGAAAACGUCGUGGAGAGACACACCGUGCACGUGGUGGAUGAGAGGAAGCCCGUCCAGAACGCUAAAGAUCGUCACCCAAACCCAGUGUUCAACAGUGGAAGUACCAAGGAGGAGGGAACCAUCGUCACUGCCACCUACAAAGAACCGGUGUCCCUGUCCAGUCCAGUGGGGGUGGUGCACGCUUUUGAUGCAGCGCCGUCCAUGGAAGAGAAGCGGCCCGAGAGUGAGCGCGGUUCUCUAGCUCACUGGUCAGACCAGGUCCCUAAGACUCUGAGCUCCAGACCCUCGGAAACACCCAAGCCGGAUGUUGGGAUCACAGGCUUGAAUCAAACCGAACCGAGUUUGUCUGCAUCAUCGGAGCAGCAGUCUCGCUAUCUGAGGGUCGGCGCUCUGCCCAAAUGGACUACAACAGACAGCCGAGGGACGCCGAAGGACGGACGAGUGUUUUGGAACACGGACACACAGGAAGAGGUGGAGCAGGAAUCAGCCCCCACAGCCGCUCGUCUAAAAUUACCACAGGCUGAAGAUCAGCAGAGACCCAGGGCGACUUACUUUGCUCUGAUGGGACAAGUACAGGAGCCACUUUUUCCCGUCGAUACGGCGGACAUGUUUGUAUCCUCGGAUGAGUUCUCUGUGAGAUCCGCGCAAAUGGGACCUCAAGGAAAGAUUCAUCGCAACAGAAGGAACCCCUCCUCUCAGGCACAAGUGGAGGAGCAGAGGCUGAAAAACCAGGGGAAGGUUCACCCGCUCAACCCAGGUGUCCCGCCACCGGAGGACGGGACGGAGAGUGUGUACAGGAAGGAAAUGAGAAAGGAGGUCGACAAACACAAGGCUAACAUGAAAGAGCUUGAAAGAGAAAAACACAGGCAGCUGGAAAUGGAGUUUGUGUCGAUGAAGGAGCGCGAGAUGCAAAGGGAAUUUGAAAGGCAAAGACAGAAGGCCUUCGAGAAGGAAGUGGAAAUGCAGAAACAGAUCAAUCUGGAACGACAGAGGCUGCAGGAUUACGAAAGACAGAAAAUGAUCGACUCGGAAAAACUGAGGCUACAGGAGCAGGAAAGACAGAAAAAACAGAAGGAGUCGGAGAGGGAGGCUGAACGAGAGAGACAAAGACUGAAGGAGGAAGAGAGGCAGAGGGCACUGGAGAGGCAGAGAAUGGAAGAACUGGAGAGGCAACAGCUCCUAGAGUUUCAGAAGCAGAAGGAGAAGGAGAGACAGCAGCUGGAGGCCGAGAAGAGGAGGCUGAAGGAGAAGAAGGAGAGGGAGGAGGCGAGAAUGAAGGAGAUGGCGCUAGAACAGGAAAUGUUGAGACUCAAGGAGCUGGAGAAGGAGAGGGAGAGACAAAAGGAAAUGGACCGUCAGGAGGUGGAGCGUCAGAAGAAGAUGAAGCAUCAGAAGGAGGUCCAGCGUCAGAAGGAGGUCGAACAUCAGAAGGAGGUCCAGCGUCAGGAGGAGAUGAAGCGUCAGAAGGAGGUCGAACGUCAGAUGGAGGUCGAACGUCAGAUGGAGAUGGAGCGUCAAAAAGAGUUACAACGUCAGAUGGAGAUAGAGCACCAGAUGGAGAUGCAGCGUCAUGAGAUCCAGCGUCAGGAAGAGAUGAAGCGUCAGAAGGAGGUCCAGCGUCAGGAGGAGAUGCAGCGUCAGAAGGAGGUCCAGCGUCAGGAGGAGAUACAGCGUCAGAAGGAGGUCCAGCAUCAGGAGGAGAUGCAGCGUCAGAAGGAGGUUGAACGUCAGAAAGAGUUCCAGCGUCAGAUGGAGGUGGAGCGUCAAAAGGAGAUCGAACUUCAGAUGGAGAGGCAACGUCAGAAGGAGGUCCAACGUCAGAUAGAGGUGGAGCAGAGAGAGAUGGAGAGAAUGCAGCAGCUACACAACCAGAGACAGUUAGAGUUAGAAAACCAGAGGUUGAAACAACAAGAAUUGGACAAGGAGAGACAGAGGGAGGAGGAGAGGAGAAGAAUCUUGGAGCUUGAGAAACGUAGACAGCGUGAGAAGCAGGAGAGAGAGGAGGCUGAUAAAAUCAGAACGGUGGCCAAACAGCAAGAGGCAGAGAGGCAGCAGCUGAGAGAGAGGCUGAAGAGGGAGGAGCAGGAGGCGGCACAGUCGGAACCAUCAGUCCUGAGGCACAAAGGCUUGGAUCUGGACCACGAACUGUGGACUACGUUUCAGCACGGUGGCCCUGCACCCCGAUGGAACGAUCCAGAGUCUUACAAACCUGCCAUACUUGACGUCGACAUUUUCACGACCCAACCUCUGGUCCCCACCAAUAAAGACCUGUUUCCUGGUUCUGGCGUUCAAGGGGUUGACACCGGGUCUGGGCCAAAGUUCUGGAAGGUGCCGACCCAGACCUCUGCGGGGUUCUCCAGCCCCGUCUGGACCCAGCCUCCCAACGAUUCUUGGGACCUGUCUGUGGACCGGGGUGCGGCUGAACCCAGAAAACAUUCCAACACGCUCACUCCGGAACAGGUUCUACUCAGACCGGAGAAACACCCCGUGGCUCCUCAGAGACCCUGGUCUGGACUCCUGGAUGAGUCUCCCAACUUGAAUCCCAACUCCAGCACAGACCCUAAACCUGGAAACACCACUGGUCAGCUGCUCUGGCUCCCCAGAGAGCUGCAGCCCCAAGACAGCAGGGAGGUCAAAGGGCACAGGAGGUCCGUGGGGUCCCAGGGAUUGAACCGGAUGAGGUCUCGUAGUGUGUCGAGGCGUUCAGCUCCUCCGGGCAGCACGGUGGAGGGAAGUCUGUCCAGAAUGAGAAGUCGCAGUGCCCACAGAGAGCAAGACCGCCACAGCUUGAAGCAAAGUGUCGGCGCAGAAGACGAGGCCAACCAAUCAGAGACCUCGGGCCGUGAGUCCGACAGUCAGUACGGGACCUGGGAGACUGGACUGCGCACCGAUGACAGCCUCACUCCGGCCACUCCCAGCUCAGAGAGCAACCUCAGCCUGUCGCCCAGGAAGGCCACUCCCUCCUCACAGUCAGGAGCUGACACUCUGGACGGCCUCCUCCCCCCCGCCACCACCGCCUCCUCCCCCGACAACCAAACACUUUCCUUCCCUGAUGCUCCCACUACUCUGUUGGACACCAGCGCCCUUCGCUCACGAGCACAGCUGGGGAAGAGACGAGCUCCGCGGUCACGGCCGACCAGGGCUGUGAGGAGCAGCACGCAAGGAGGAGGAGAAGGAGAAGGAGAAGGAGAAGGAGCGACCUCCGAGGACUGGCUUUACCAGGACUCCACAGAGACAAAAAAUGAAACCAAGGCGUCCGACUCCGACUGUGAGGAGCAGGUCAGAGGAGCUGCUCCCUCGUCCCAGCCAAAGAGGACUCCUCUAUUUCCAGGCAUGGAUCCUUCUGCUCUCAAGGCUCAGCUGAAGAAGAGAGUCGAGGCAGACGUUCAGACCGACGGGGCCCCUCCCACAUCCUCCCAGCUUUCUCACUCACCCAAGUCUCCCUUCCUCCCUCGAGCGAAGCGUGUACUGCCCCCAGCUGGUGUGAAAGAAACGGGAGAGGAGCGCUCCCCCCAGUGGCUGAAAGAGCUGAAAUCUAAAAAACGUCUGAGUCAUCAUGAAAGUGAAAGCUAAAGAAAAUGAACAAGAGAUAAGUUUGAAACUGAGGCCUUAACCUUUGACCCGGGGCGGGGAUGGGACAGCUGCUGUCGGGUUUUUUUUUCUUUGUCAUUUUUGUUAUCGUGUCCUCUGGGCUGAUAAAUAUCGCAUGGUGCCUUUUUUUUUUUUUUUUUUUUGAACGUUCAUUAUCUGUCGUACUGUGUGAGUGGAGAAAACAAAAACUAAGCCCGAACAACAUCAGGGUCGUCUCACGCUUUUGAAGCUGUCGGACAGAGUGGAGUUCAGACGAGGGACACGAGGGACAGUUUGGGACCACCGGGGGAGCCGGUCUCACUAAAGUUUGUCAUUCCGUGAUAACAUUUCAGAUAUUUUUUUUAUUAUUAUUAUUAUAGAGAACAAAUCAGGAACGAUGGACCACUGGAACAGAGGACUGGAAUGGACUGGGGUGAUGGUGAACUCCACUGAGGCUCAGGCCGACCGCCCUGCUCCAUGGCUAACGUCUUGCUUUGUUUGUUUUUUUUUUAAAUUUUAUUUCUAUUUUUUAUUUUUUUAAGACCAGAGGGAGACCCGAUUUGUGGACUACAACUGUGUACGUGGAUUCAAACCC